UUAUGAACUAAGUACUUCACUUCCCCAUUGUUCAGAUAGCAGGUAGACAUGGCGAGCAAAGUUGCAGUUCGUUUUGUGGAUAACAAUGUCAACAUGGCCCAGUGGAAUCAGUUACAGCAGCUAGAGACGCGCUACCUGGAGCAGUUGUAUCACCUGUACAGUGACAGCUUCCCCAUGGAGCUGCGGCAGUUCUUGGCCCCCUGGAUCGAGAGCCAGGACUGGGCGUAUGCAGCCAAUAAGGAGUCACACGCCACGCUUGUGUUUCACAACCUGUUAGGGGAGAUUGAUCAGCAGUACAGUCGCUUUCUGCAGGAGAACAACGUCCUCUACCAGCACAACCUGCGGCGCAUCAAACAGCACCUGCAGAGCAAAUAUCUGGAGAAACCCAUGGAGAUCGCCCGCAUCGUCGCUCGCUGCCUCUGGGAAGAGCAGCGCCUGCUGCAGACAGCAACCACUGCACAGCAGGACGGUCAGGUCGCUCAUCCCACUGGUACGGUGGUGACAGAAAAACAGCAAAUAUUGGAACACAACCUGCAAGACAUUCGAAAGAGAGUACAGGACAUGGAACAGAAGAUGAAGAUGUUGGAGAACCUCCAGGAUGACUUUGACUUCAACUACAAAACUCUGAAGAGUGCUGGCGAACUAUCCCAGGACCUGAAUGGAAACAGCCAGGCAGCAGCCACAAGGCAGAAGAUGACUCAGCUGGAGCAGAUGCUAAGUGCUUUAGAUCAGCUGAGGAGGCAAAUAGUAACCGAGAUGGCCGGCCUGCUAUCUGCAAUGGACUUUGUGCAGAAGAACCUGACAGAUGAGGAACUGGCUGACUGGAAGAGGAGACAGCAAAUCGCCUGCAUCGGAGGACCACCAAACAUCUGCCUGGACCGUUUAGAGACAUGGAUCACCUCAUUGGCUGAGUCGCAGUUGCAGAUCAGACAGCAGAUCAAGAAGUUGGAGGAGCUUCAGCAGAAGGUCUCAUAUAAAGGAGACCCGAUUAUUCAGCACCGUCCCGCUCUGGAGGAAAAGAUCGUGGACCUUUUCCGCAACCUUAUGAAAAGUGCGUUUGUCGUUGAGAGACAGCCGUGCAUGCCCAUGCAUCCAGACCGUCCUCUUGUCAUCAAAACUGGUGUGCAGUUUACCACCAAAGUCAGGUUACUAGUGAAAUUUCCGGAGUUGAAUUAUCAGCUGAAGAUCAAAGUGUGCAUUGACAAGGAGUCAGGUGAUGUGGCAGCCAUUCGAGGUUCCCGCAAGUUCAACAUUCUUGGCACCAACACUAAGGUGAUGAACAUGGAGGAAUCCAACAAUGGCAGUCUCUCUGCAGAGUUUAAACAUUUGACUCUACGAGAGCAGAGGUGUGGAAACGGAGGCCGAACAAACAGUGACGCCUCACUGAUUGUGACUGAAGAACUGCAUCUGAUCACAUUUGAGACAGAAGUCUAUCAUCAAGGCCUAAAGAUUGACCUUGAGACACACUCUCUUCCUGUGGUGGUCAUUUCUAAUAUCUGUCAAAUGCCAAACGCAUGGGCGUCCAUCCUGUGGUACAACAUGCUGACCAAUCACCCCAAGAAUGUAAAUUUCUUCACCAAACCUCCGGUAGGGACGUGGGAUCAGGUGGCUGAGGUGUUAUGCUGGCAAUUUUCUUCCACAACUAAAAGAGGAUUGACCAUUGAACAGCUCACCACACUCGCAGAGAAACUUUUGGGUCCGUGCGUAAACUACUCCGGUUGCCAGAUCACAUGGGCCAAAUUCUGCAAAGAGAACAUGGCAGGCAAAGGUUUCUCGUUCUGGGUGUGGCUAGAUAAUAUAAUUGACCUAGUAAAAAAAUACAUUUUGGCUCUGUGGAACGAAGGGUAUAUUAUGGGCUUUAUAAGCAAGGAAAGAGAGAGGGCCAUCCUCAGCCCAAAGCCUCCUGGGACUUUCCUGCUACGCUUCAGUGAGAGCAGCAAAGAGGGUGGAAUCACCUUUACCUGGGUCGAGAAGGACAUCAGCGGUAAGACUCAGAUCCAGUCGGUGGAACCGUACACGAAGCAACAGCUUAACAGCAUGUCCUUCGCUGAGAUCAUCAUGGGAUACAAGAUCAUGGAUGCCACCAAUAUCCUCGUGUCGCCGUUGGUUUACCUCUAUCCAGAUAUUCCUAAAGAGGAGGCGUUUGGCAAGUACUGCCGCCCGGAGGCUCAGCCUGAUUCUGAAUUCCCUGACCCUGGAUGUGUAAUUCAGCCGUACCUGAAGACCAAGUUCAUCUGUGUCACCCCGUGUCCUUCAAUCUUCAUGGACUUUCCGGACAGUGAACUGCUUGGGAACGGCUUCCCAGGGACUAACUCUGGCAACACAAGUGAUUUGUUCCCAAUGUCCCCGCGCACGCUUGACUCUCUCAUGCACAACGAAGCUGCGGAGGCCAAUCCUGGACCUCUUGAAUCCCUCACUCUGGACAUGGAGUUGAGCUCAGAUCAUGCCUCACCUAUGAGAGAACCGUUUCCAGCAUCGACAGUCGCAGAUAUGGACACGUGCCGGAAUGCUUAAUUUUCGUUCAUUUUAGUUUAUCCUUUUUCAGUGAAAACAGUUAUUGUCAUGUACAUACCGUAAUAUGCUUAGGUGAUAUAGCCGCCUUCUCUCUCUAAGCCAGUUGUGUGCUCCUUUUAAGUAUUUACAGUCAUAGCCAAAAGUGUGCAAACACCAUCACCUUUUAGGUUGUUUGGUAUGUGAGCCAUUUCAUCACAGAAGUGUUUAUCUAUUUUUAAUUCUUUGACUUUUGUCAAAUGGCACCAUUUUACGCAAUGUAAAUUACAGACAUUUACUGAAAAAAAUGGAAAUAAAAUAGCUUAUUGACACAUUUAAAUUAUUUUAACUGUUAUAAAUGAAGAUGCUUGCAAAGUUUUGGCCAUGACUGUGUAGUAGCUAUCAAGUUUUUUUUUUUUUCAGAUGAAUGCUGAUAGGAAUAACCUUUCACUUAAAUUUGUAUUGCAGUAUCAAUGGUGUUUGGUUACCCUUACAAAAUAUUUUUUUGAGCUGUAAGUGUAGCAUUGCAUAGAGCCAGUAAAGCCUUCGUUUAUUACAUUGGACUUCAAAGUAUUGUUAAGCAGUACUUUAAAACUCCCAUGAUAGUGUUGUACCAUGUUUAUUGAAGCCAGGCUGUUGACUUGCAGCAUGACUUACUGACAGAUCAUAGUUUGUAAAGUUUGUGCAUGCAAGUCCAUCAAGUUCAUUAAGCUUCUGUCUGGUUUACAUAAUUAUACUGUAUUUUAAUAUUGCAGAUUUUUUGAAAUCUUUUAUUUGGAAAGUGAACAGAGGAAUAAUUAUAUAAAUAGUUCACGCAGAUAAGAGAUUGCCACCAUAUUCCCCUUAUAGUUUAUAGUGCUACUUGCACGGCAAGAGGGAUCUUCCACAGAGCCAAAAGGACUACAACGGUUAAGAAUUAGACAUUAUGUACAUACGUGCAUAUAUACACACACAUGCACACACGUUUCUAACAUAGUUUUACUUAAUGAUCAGUGAUAUUUGUCCAGGUAAGGUAGAGCUACAAACUGGAAUUUGGUGGAAAAUUAUGUUUCUUGAUUGUGUAACUACUUUGUUUUGUCUCAAUUUGUUUCUGACACUCUGUAUUUGUCUUUUCAAUAUAGUGUGUUUAUAAAUAUACAGCGCUAUGUAUAUUCUCUGAACUGUAAAAUUAAUCGUUGAUGAAAGCUCUUUGUGUUCUUCAUGCAGAUUUGGUUCAGAAAUAAAGUGCACCAUAUCACAAAUAUAUCACAAGUAGUCGGUAAUCCAGCUGUAUCUUUGAUGUUGACAAUUAAGACUACACUGAGAAAUCAUUUUUCUUGGUCAAUUCCUUGGUUUCUGUGAUAUACGCGUUAAGGUAGCGCCUGUGUCCUAAUGGGAAAGUUUUAUCAGCAAGCUCAAUUAAAUGAUUAUAUUACUGUGCAUAUUUAAAGGUCAUUCUCGCAAAUAAAUCUCAUCUACCUUUA